AUUCUUUGUUAAUUUAUGAUCCUAAUUUGUUGGGCCUUUUAAAAUUCCGAAGUCCCUCAUUUUUCUGUUUUAAAAGCCUGCCACUGUCUCUCAGCUUCGUCUUCCUUCUUCAUCUUUCUGCUCCAUAGGUCGCUUUUCAACUCAGUUCCGUGCUCUUGUUUUAGCACUUGAAAUCAAGGGGAAAAAAAUGGGGAUCAUUGAGAGGAUUAAAGAAAUUGAAGCCGAGAUGGCUCGAACCCAGAAAAAUAAGGCAACAGAAUACCAUCUUGGCCAGCUCAAGGCAAAGAUUGCAAAGCUAAGGACUCAAUUACUAGAGCCACCAAAAGGUUCUAGUGCAGGUGGAGAUGGUUUUGAAGUUACAAAAUUUGGUCAUGGACGUGUAGCACUAAUAGGAUUUCCAAGUGUGGGGAAAUCAACCCUUUUAACAAUGUUAACAGGAACUCAUUCAGAAGCUGCAUCUUAUGAGUUCACAACACUUACAUGCAUUCCUGGUAUCAUACACUACAACGAUACUAAGAUUCAACUACUUGAUCUUCCUGGAAUUAUUGAAGGUGCUUCUGAAGGCAAAGGACGUGGGAGGCAGGUUAUUGCUGUUGCCAAGUCGUCGGAUCUUGUGCUUAUGGUUCUUGAUGCCUCUAAAAGUGAGGGUCAUCGCCAGAUAUUAACCAGGGAACUGGAAUCUGUGGGUCUGCGUUUAAACAAGAGACCUCCUCAAAUAUAUUUUAAAAAGAAAAAAACUGGAGGAAUCUCUUUCAACAGCACAUUACCUUUAACUCAUGUGGAUGAGAAACUCUGUUAUCAAAUUUUACAUGAAUACAAAAUUCACAAUGCAGAGGUUCUAUUUCGCGAGGAUGCUACCGUGGAUGAUCUUAUUGAUGUCAUUGAAGGAAACCGCAAAUAUAUCAAGUGUGUUUAUGUUUACAACAAGAUAGAUGUCAUUGGCAUUGAUGAUGUGGAUAAGUUAGCGCGGCGGCCGAAUUCUGUUGUCAUAAGCUGCAAUCUGAAGCUGAACUUGGAUAGACUGCUUUCGAAGAUGUGGGAAGAGAUGGGGCUUGUGAGAGUAUAUACAAAACCACAAGGCCAGCAACCUGAUUUCAGUGAUCCCGUGGUUCUCUCUGCCGAUAGGGGUGGCUGCACAGUGGAAGACUUUUGUAAUCACAUUCAUAGAAAUUUGAUAAAGGAUGUCAAAUAUGUUCUAGUCUGGGGCACUAGUGCAAGGCACUACCCUCAACAUUGUGGCCUUGGGCAUGUUCUGCAGGAUGAAGAUGUUGUUCAGAUUGUCAAGAAAAAGGAAAAAGAGGAAGGAGGAAGAGGCCGCUUCAAAUCACAUUCAACAGCUCCAGCUCGAAUAUCUGAUAGACAGAAGAAAGCUCCCUUGAAGACCUAACCAUGUCCAACAUCAGACAAUAUGAAAGGUACACUAUUGUAUUUCGAGUAAGUUUAUAUUAUCUUAUUAGGGUUUGAUCCGUGAUAACGAAAUGAAGAGUUCAACACUUCACCAACAGCCUCUGCACGGCCGUUGGCGAAGGCAACCGGUGUGUAAAUUACGAGCUGUAUGUUGAUGUGUAGUUGACAUAUGAAUUGUUAAUCUUCCAGUUAUGAUAUCCAUCUAGGUUAAAACUUAAAA